AUGACUUCAUCAGCAAACUGGGACCCUACAGGUAUUCUGGCUGCUCAGGUGUCACGUGUUUCCUCUACUACCACCACCACAACCACCACCACCACCACCACUAGCACAAACAUCUCUUCGACCUCGUUAUCAUUCUUACAAGGACGAAAGGCAGCAACAUCAACCACUACCACCACAAAAUCAACACCUGUUUUGCACACUCAGGCACAGGCAGGACAAAGGAAUAACAUAGAAACAAAAGGAAAAUUUGUAAAUGAAAACUCGUCAGACAGUGACAGCCAAUCGAACACAGGUUCUGCCAGUCCCAGUCACAGCAGUAAUGAAUCUUCAGCCUCAUUUGACAGCAGUGAUGAUGAUAAAGACAAAGAAAAACACUUGGACAAGAAUGCUUCACCCAGAACUUCUCCGAACCUCAAGAAAAGUUCUGUCAUCCCUGACCACCAAAUUGAUGGGACAAAGAAAAAAUUAAUUGCUGAUCAAAUCCGUCAAAAAAUGCGAACCAUCAUGACUCCUCUUCAGACACCAAUCUAUAAACCUGAGAAGUAUCGUCCUCGGGGCAAAGGUCGGCCUGUCAAGAGUCCACAAGCACUCUCAACCCCAACUGGAAUGGAAAGUUUAGAUUCUGAAGGCGGCAGUGGAAAUGCUGAUGACCAACCUUUACAGUUGGUUAAAAAACCUGUUCAACAUCCAAGUAGGGAAUCUUCUCCAAGCUACAAGCCACUCAACCUAAAGACCACUCCUACUCCUCUCCCUUCUGAUGUUCAUAUUAUGAAAAAGUUUGAGAAUGGUGAUGAUGAAAAAGAUGAUAGAAUUUCAUCGAAUGGGCAGCCAAAUGAAUUGACUGCUGCAAGUUCUAACAGCAGCAGUUCAGAAUCUGAGUCUGAUUCUGGAUCAGAUAGUGACAGCUCAGAUGGCUCUGACAGUGAAUCUGGGUCCAACAGCAUAGAAUCAGAUGAUGAGCAAUUGACACGUGACAGUGAAACCAGUGUAACUUCUUUGUCAACAGGAGAUAAACGAUCCGCUGAUAUUAGUGGAACUGGCUCUGACACUCCAACGCCUGUAAAGAAGCGGAGAGUGAUUGAUGAGAAGGAGCUGAGGAUACCUUUAGAACAUAGUUGGCAGCGACAGACCAAGAUCCGGGGUAUUGGGAAGCGUGGUAUUGUGGGAGAAGUUCUUUAUCAUGCUCCAUGUGGUAAAAAAUUACGCACUUAUCCUGAUGUCAUGAAGUAUUUGGAGAAAAAUGGCAUCACUGAUUUGUGUAAAGAAAAUUUUUCUUUUAGCACCAAAGCUCCAAUUGGAGAAUUCCUUGAAAUGAGGCAGGGAGAAAAUAAAUAUGUGCUAUUGUCAGAGCAUGAAGUAUUUGAUAGAUAUACACAGGUACAAUUCAACCGUAGCCGGAGACACAAAAAUUUGGAUCCUGAAGCAGCAGCAUUAAAAAAGAAAAGAAAACAAGAAAAAUACGAAGCUGCAAGACAAGCAGCAGAGUUGAAAAUACAAAAAAAAAUGGAACGACAAAAAGAAAAAGAAAUGGCCAAAAAUGAGAAAAAAAUUAAAGAAAACGCGUACCAACCUGUACGCAUGGAAAACAAUGUAGCAAUUGAACGAAAGCAGCAAAAAGAACAAGAGAAACAAAUAAAACAACAGGAGAAGAUAAAACGACAGGAACAAUUGAGAAUGGAAAGAGAAUUAAGAGCUCAACAAGUUUUGGAGUCAAAUCUCUUCUGGUAUCAUUUGGAACGAGAAAGAGAGCUGAAAAGACAACAGGCUGUUAUGAUGAGAGAACAGCAGGAACGUGAACGUCGACGACAACACAUGUUGCUAGUAAAAUCCUUGGAAGCUCGUAGACGGCAAGAAGAACGUGAACGACUAAAAGAAGAAAAACAGAAAGAAAAACAAAUAGAAAGAGAAAGGAAAAUGAAUCAACGAAGAGUUGAGUUACAAAUUGCAGCUGAACUCAAGAAACCAAUUGAAGAUAUGGAGAUUAAAGAUAUAAAGGAGAUGCCUGACUUACCCCGAAUUGAAGGACUUUGUUUACCCGGGAAAGCUUUUGCAGAUGCAUUGAUGGUUAUUGAGUUUAUGCACAAUUUUGGAAAAGCUUUGGGAAUAUCUGAAGAUGCCACACCAAGUUUAAAUGAUUUACAAAACUAUUUGAUGGGUAACACAAAAGAUGACUUGGAUAAGUAUUUGAACUUUACCAGCAAACUCCUAAAAAUUGCUCUAAGUGAUCCAGGAGUACCCAACCCGAAAGAGGCUCUCACAAAACUUGGGCAGAAGAUAGUUGAUAUUGACUUGAAUAAGAAUGUGAUCUCUGAAGUUUUGCGAAUAUUUGUAGUAGCUCGCAAUGGUGGCAGUUGUCAGAUCAGUGAUUGGUUAUCUGAAAAACCACUGAAAGCUUUUAAUCCAACACAGAAAUCAACUGUUUUAGAGUUUUUAUGCAAUGAACUUCUCUGUGGUAGACUUCUCACAAAUGAAAUUGAGAGAACAAUUGAAGGAAUACUCAGAAUCAUUCAAGCAAAAAAGUACAACCGUCCAUCUCCCAAAAUCUCCCUCCAAGGAGGCUCAUCCCCUCUGAUGGAUGAGGACAGCCAUGCAACAAACGUGUCUGGAAGUAAACAGGGUAGUGAUGAAGAAGAUGAUAGUGGCAAUGACAGUGACAUCACUACAGUAACAAAUGUAGGUGUCAUGUCAGAAGGAGAAGAAGAUGAUCCUACAAAUGCAGAAGACUGUGAAAAGAAAAUUGAAAAAUUACAGCGACAACACAGCCAAUAUAGGGAUAAGGUGUUUGAAUCAUCAUAUAAACUGCGAGCAGUUUCUUUUGGCCAAGAUCGUUAUAAAAGAAGGUAUUGGCUGUUACCGUAUUGUGGUAGGUUGGUUUUGGAAGCACCACUCUUUGCUGAUCAGCUUCUUAAAGCAACCGAAAUCAAUGAACAGAAGCCAUGGUUCAGCAUCCUUCCUAGAAUGCCAUGCGAUGAGACCUCUUUGACUCGAUCGCCCUUGAACAUAUCACAUCGGAUGCUGAACAAUUCCCCGUUCCUCUUUCAUCAUCCAUUGCCAUUCCAUGCCUUUCCAGUGCGUAGCCCAACGUUUGCAUCAUUCCAAAUGGGCCAGAUCCAGGGGAACCCUGUGGAUCUGAACCUCAGCACCUUGGGGAACAAUACAAAUAAUUCAAAUUCAUUUUUUAAAGUGCCGCCUGUCCCCCAGGAAAUCUCUUCUCGCUCUUCCACUCCAUCUGCAUCAUUGAGCAACACUAUUACUAAUGCAAUUAAUACAACUUCCUUGACAUCCAAUGGAUCUGCCAACAUGGAUUUGAUGAUGGAUCCUGACCCAGAAGGUUUACUGAAGAGUCUUCAAGGUGAACUCAAACCUAUACCAAAAGCAAUGAGAACAGGAUGGUGGCACAUUGCCGAUAUUGAACACCUAAAAGGCGUGCUAAAGUGCCUUCAUCCUCGAGGAAUACGUGAGAGGAACCUUCAGAAGUCUUUGCAGAAAUAUUUUGACCUUGUGUGUCAGGCUUGCACCAAAGAUGUCAAGGAUGAAUUUAAAUUAAAAGAAAGAGAAGAAUUUCGGUUUGUGUCAACAACUGGAGCCCCCCAACCUGAUAGUAAUUUGAACUUUGUCUCUGAUGUGGUACAUCGGGUAGAAAAUGAAAUCUUAGAAGAGAUUAUGAAACUUGAAGAACGGGUGUAUUCUGCAAGUUUGCAAGUGAAAAUACGUGAUCGACAGGAUGAUCAACAGGCCAAUGCAUCUUCCAAGGGUUCAAAACUACCUCCAAAAGCAGCUUCAGAAUCUGGAAACUCUAAAGAGAAAACUGUUUUAGGAAAAAAAGAGAAGAGCCAAUCUCUGAUUGAAAAUGCUCGUGAACGAUUAGUAAAGUUAGAAAGGAAUAUUGAACGGCGAUAUUUGAAACCUCCAUUGUGUAAAAACAUCCAGAUCAACUUGGCUCAUAUCACUCUGCCUGGAGACAACCACUCUAGCAAUUGCCAUGACAACAGUAAAGAUGAGGAAGAGGACAUUCCACCAGGAUUACUUACCUGGCGCAAUGCCGUCCAAUCAUCCUUGUCAGCUGCCCAGUUAACACUGUGUGCUAAUUUGUUGACCAAUUCAAUAGCAUGGGAGAAAUCAAUAAUGAAAGUGCUUUGCCAGAUCUGCCGUAAAGAUGACAAUGAAGCAGAAUUAUUACUGUGCGAUGGCUGUGAUAAGGGUUACCAUACAUACUGCUUCAAGCCAAAAAUGGACAAGAUUCCUGAUGGAGACUGGUAUUGUUAUGAAUGUAUCUCAAAAGCUACAGGUGUCCCAUGUUGUGUUGUCUGUGGCAAGAAGAAUGGUAAAUUGGCUUUAUGUGAUGAAUGUCCUCGAGCUUUUCACAUAGACUGCUUGAUUCCUCCAUUACAAAGAUUACCAAAGAAAUGGUUAUGUGCAUCUUGUAUUGCUGAAAAGGGAAAUAAAAAGUCAAAACGGGGUCGGAAGAAGAAGGAAGAAAGCAGCAAAAAAGAGAAGAAAAUUUCUGAAAGCAAUAAAAGUGAUGAAGAGAAAAAGAAGGAGCAACAUGCUAAGGAUAUGUCUCUUUGCAAGUAA